AUGAAUCCAUUAUCACCAGCGAAAUCAGGAAAAGCUAUGUCGAGGCAUUCAUCAAGCGAAGCGGAUGAUUCGCAACCUCUCAGCCUCGUAUAUUCCCUCGCACUAUCGUUCCGCGAAGAUAAUUUGCCGAAUUCUAAUGAUUCCGAAGGGCAUGAUGGAGAUGACGAAGACACAGGAACAAUGAGAGCGUAUGUGAAGAAGCAAGAUAUACCUGGAGCGCAGAUGAAAGAGAAGGUACGGAAGGAUUUAAAAAGAAAAAAGGAAUUAGAAGAAAUGGUAGAAGACCGUUUGGACUCAAAUGAUACCAUGGUAGAGAACGGAUCAGCAGAGAACCAAGAACCUCUGAAUCAAAAUUCCCCAAAUCGAGCCAGUGGUGAUCGCGCGGAGCAGUAUCAGGUGACUCACGAUGGAGUGGCAGUGAAAGCAGACAGACGGCGGAGUGGCGUGGUAGAUGGGAGAUCAAUACUUACCUCAUCGCUCAAUGAAGCCAAUCUUAAUAGGGCAAUGAUUGAACCAGUAGAUGAUCAGGUACUUCUAGAGCAAAUGAAGGGAGGGCGCGGAGACCAUUCUUCAAUAUCAGAUGGGAGAAAAGUAGAAGGAAGGAAUGGCUUUGAGACCGCUAAAAUUGUCUCAGAAACGGGCGAAUAUGAUGUAGCCUCGAACUCGGCCUCUUCAAGGGAAGAACUUGAAUACACUCCGAGAUCCGCGCCAAUAACAAUCCCAAAACCGGCACAUUUUCCAUGGCGAGUUCCUCGAUCAAUUCUACACCAUGAUGAUGUGGAACCGGUAAGAGCAAGGCAUGGAUGGGGCCAAGCCAAGUCACGCACUGAUAGAAUAAGUCCAGAGCAACCAUCACGGGUUGAUGCUUCGUCGUUUGGUCAUGAGUUGGAGCCAAAACCAACUCCGCGUAUUAUGACUGAAGGACUUAGAGCGACAAAGGUAUUGUAUGAGAAGCUGGAAGAUAUAUCUUCGAAACGGAAGAAGACUUAG